AAUAAAUAUCAGCUGUCGUUUAAAAAACAGGUUAACUUCGUUAUUUUAUUAUUUAACUUUAAGACUGUAAAUUCUUUAAUUUACCCAACUGGUCAUGUUGAGAAAAGGUUUCAAAAUAGCAAUAGUCCAGUUGUCAGUUGGACCAGACAAGACAAAGAAUGUAGCAAAUGCUGUAAAAGAGAUCCACAAAGCAAAAGAGAAAGGAGCUCAAUUGAUAGCCUUGCCUGAGUGUUUCAAUUCUCCUUAUGGUACUCAGUUCUUCAAUGAGUAUGCAGAGGAAGUGCCAUCAGGGGCGACGUGCCAGGCGCUCUCGCAGGCGGCGGCGGAGGCCGGCGUGUGCGUGGUGGGCGGCACGCUGCCGGAGCGCUGCGGACCCAAGCUGUACAACACUUGCACUGUGUGGGACAGUGCGGGGAAACUGCUUGCUAAGCAUAGAAAGUUGCAUCUAUUCGACAUAGACAUUCCAAACAAGAUAACAUUCAAAGAGUCCGAGGUGCUGAGUGCGGGGAACCAGAUCACGACGUUCGAGUUCCAGGGCAUUAAGAUAGGGCUGGGCAUCUGCUACGACCUCAGGUUCCCGGAGAUGGCGCGCAUUAUGGCCGACCAAGGUUGUUCAUUGCUAGUGUACCCAGGGGCGUUCAACAUGACGACGGGGCCGCAGCACUGGGAGCUGCUGGGGCGCGCGCGAGCCACCGACCUGCAGCUGUGGGUGGCGCUGGCGAGCCCCGCGCGCGACACUGCCGCCGGAUACGUUGCUUGGGGACACUCCACGCUGAUAGACCCUUGGGGAAAACCCGUCGCCAAAUUGGACGAAAAACCGGGCACGCUGUUUGCUGAUAUAGAUCUAACUGCAGUUGAAGAAGUAAGAAGUCAAAUACCGAUAAGAUGUCAAAGACGAACGGACGUUUAUGAUACGAUACAGAUUUGCAAAUAAAUAUUUUUAUAAUCUGUGGAAACUGGAACUUGUAAUAUCACAAGGAUAUGAAACAAUAUUCAUUAUAACUAUAGAUUUAUUGUUAUAUUUUGUAAAGGUUUAUAAAAUUUUAUAUUUAUAAGUACAAAUUAAAUACGUGGUUUGUACCGUCAUGAUAGAACUAAUGGUCUUUGUGUACAUAAAAAGUGAUAAUAAAAUCUAUUUCAACACCUAUAAGCCAGGAUUUUAAUAUUCUCGGUUUAUUCUUCUUUCUCAAGAAGUCUGUAUAUUUAUUUUUAUUAAAUUUUUGAUUUAAAA